AUGACCAAGCAGUCUCGGACAUCGUCGUUAAACGACAUCAUUAAAAUUGGGCAGGAUUGCUUAACAUUGGAUUUGCCACCUUCUCUUCAAGUUGAACAACGGAAAUUGUUUCGUCAAACGGUGGGCACGGACUAUGUAUUAAAAGCAUACCCCGAUAUUUUUAACCACUCACUGCAAAAUGAUCAAAGUGAAAGACUUGAUCUUGUGGAGCAAUACAUAAUUGAGAGACUUGAGAUGGCGCGCUAUAAUGUACGGAAGCGUAAAGGGGACUUUCAUGCCUUUGGGAUUACAAAGCAAGAAAUGAUUUACGCUGUUUCUCGAUGGACCCCCGACUAUAUACACGGCUUUUUGCACAGAUUCGCCAAUUUUUCCCAGACCAAGAUGACAGAAAUGGAAAUCGAGUUAUUACAAGCUCAUUUCCUUCACUAUUUCUAG